CACUCCAACCACUUAUAUGGACAUAAUUACGUCACGGCUCAUUUGUCAGUGUUGCAAUCACUUCCGCAAUCAUUAGCCCGCUCCUACACACAUACAUUGCAUUAUACAUAAUCCCUGAAGGCACAGCAAAACGGAACUAGAAUAAUUCUUAAAAGGAAUUUCAAUUAGUGCUGAAUUAGAAAAUCUACUUGUAAUAAAUCAAUUCCGGGUGUGGACCGAAUGCAGGUAUAUAUAAACGUCUUGUUUUGAAGUACUGGCCAUCACUGCUUUUGCCUCUCUACACCAGUAUUUCCCGUCUAAUCAGGACACUCUCCUUCCACAAUGAUGAAAAUUAUCGCCCUUGUUGCCUGUUUGGCUGUGGCUGCCUUUGCUGAGCCUUUGAGCUAUGGCAUGACAGGACUCAACGGAAAAGCUGGUCUGUACGGUGGCUACGGAGUGGGAGGUCUGUACGGAGGCUACGGAAUUGGAGGUCUAUACGGAGGCCACGGAAUGGGAGGUCUGUACGGAGGAUACGGAAUUGGAGGUCUCUACGGAGGCCACGGAAUGGGAGGACUGUACGGAGGAAUUGGAGGUUUCGGAAAAGGUCUUGGAUAUGGCUACUACUAGGACUGCUGUUCCACUGUCACAAUUCAUC